AUGACAUUUUGGAAUAAAUUAAGUAAACCAUUGGUAUCGUUAGCACCAAUGGCUGAUGUCACUGAGGUAUCAUUUAGAUUUUUAAUAGCAAAUGUAAUAAAUAAAUAUUGGAUCAAACCUAAUAAUGUAGUAUUAUUUAACGAGUUUUUAGCAACCGAAGGGGUUUGCAGAGAUCAUAUAGCGCAGCAAUUAGAAUAUAGUGAAAUAGAAAAACCUAUUGUAGCACAGUUUUUUGGGUGUAGACCAGAGGCAUUCAAAAUAUCAGCAGAAAUAGCAUGUAAUAAAUAUAAUUAUGAUGGAAUAGAUAUUAAUAUGGGUUGUCCAAGUAGAAAAGUAGUUUCACCCAAACAAGCAGCUGGUGCAGCUUUAAUAACCAACCCAAAAUUAGCACAAGAAAUUAUAUAUGCAACAAAAGAAGGUGCUGGUUCAAAACCAGUUUCGGUUAAAACCAGAAUUGGAUUCGAUUCAAUUGAUAUAGAAUCAUGGAUACCGAAAAUAUUGGAAGCUAAACCAUCCUGCUUAACAUUACAUCUCAGAACUAAAAAAGAGUUGUCAUUGGUGCCAGCACAUUGGGAACACGAAAUACUAGACAGGGUUUUAGAAAUGAGGAACUCUAUAUCACCAGAGACUUUGAUAAUGGGUAAUGGCGACGUCGAAACAAUGGAGCAAGCCUAUCAAUACUCCAAAGAAUUCGGAAUCGAUGGUGUAAUGAUCGGUAGAGCAAAUUAUGGCAAUCCAUGGCUACUCAAUCCGAAUUUAGUCUUUGAAUAUAUAGAACCUAGAACUACAGAUUGUGGACCAAAUAUACCGCCAACUGAAAAUCAAUUAAAAAUUAUUGAAAAAAAAUCAAAAAACUAUAUCCCAACCACCAAUGGCGACAGUGACGCGCUAAUCGAAAUUUCAAUUAAAGAAAUAUUGUCAACCAUUGUUAUGCACGCUAUUUAUAGAGAGGAGAUUUCAAGAUCCAAAUCAUUAUCACCUUUAAAUGCACACUUUAAGAAUUAUCUCAAGCCUUUGUCAAAUUUAGGUGAUGUAAGCUCUUUAAGAAAACAACUAUACGAAUGCAAAAGCUCUCAAGAGAUUUCAGAUUCCAUAAAUAGUUUUUUAACUUUUAAAAAAAGGGAGUUUGAUCAUUUAAUUUAUACAGAAAUUUUAAAUAAUACAAAAAAUUUAAUAAAUAGUUCGAAAUUUUAUAAAUAA